CCCCCCCCACCCACCACAUCAUCAUCCUCUCCCGCCAUCACCACCCCCCCUCUCCGACGCGUCCACUUGUUCUUUUAUUCUCUACACACAUACAUCCCAAAGACAUUCUAGACAACAGCGUUCCCUCUUCACCAACACCUCUCCACCUCACCCCAAACACAGCUCCCAAGGCUCCGCUCUCACCACCCCCACCCCAUCAGCCCCACAUCCACCACCGCUGGCCCACGCUAUCAGCUCUGCAGGCUCCAGCUCGCGCCGCUGACUCGAUUUGGCUCCCCAGCUCAAAGCGGCCGCCCAUCCAUGUCGACACAGCGCAGGUCGUCAUCCCCGCUAUCGUCGGCGUCGCCCUCACCUCUACAGGCGCCGGCGGCAAACGGUGACACCCCGCCCACCACUUUCGACCUCGGGCCAGCUGCUGGAGAAGAGCUUGAGGAUGGCGACAUCGUGGGGGGCAGCAGCCCAACAACCUUGACCGAGCCCCUCACAGAUAGCGAGCUCACUGAGGAGGAGGAGGAUGACGAGGCUGAGCGCUUGGAGGAGGAAGAGGAAGAGGAAGAGGAGGUGGAGGAAGACGCGGGCGACGACGGCCUCGAUGACGAUGGCGAAGAAGCCAUCGACGGCGUUGACGGCGAUGCCGACGAUCUGGACGUCGCAGCCCCUAAGCAGUCCAGUCGGCGUGGUCCGUCGUCACCCUCCCCUUCCCUCACCCCACCACCGCCGUCCGAGGGCCCUCGUUCGCAGGCACUACCUUCCUCCCCACCUGGAGACCACACUCGCAACCAAGACCCCGAAGACGACGGGAUCAACGAGGACGACGCCAUUGAUGAGGAUGAUGAGGUCGAGGACUUGGAUGACAGCAAGCUCAACGCAGAAGCGGUCGACGAUGACGCCGAGGAUGGCGACACAACGCUGCGAGCCGAGCCCGAUAUCGCCGAGGACGCUGAGGAGGGCGCCAAUGACCUUGCGGUCAACGACUCUGGUGCCGAAGAGGACGCCGACGUCGACAUGGAUGCUGAGGCCGAUGCCGAGGCUGCGGCUGAAGCCGAGACCGAAAUCGACGUGAUCGUCGAUGCCCCGGAGGGCGACGACGAGGCGGCCGAAGAGGCCGAGAAUGGCGAAGAAGAUGCCCCCGAGGCAAACGACGACUUUUUGGCCGCCGCGCCGCUCCGCUCCCAGGGCCACUCGUCCCAUGCCCCUCCUCCAGCACCUGCCGCUAUGCGCGCUCUCCUGGCUCUGGAAGUCAAGUUCGCGGCUCUGAGAGACAGGCUCUACGUUGAACGCUUAGAGGAGGCGGCUCGAGAGGAGGAGAUGGUCUUGAAUGCACUCAUCGCCCUCAACAAGACCCUCCAAUCCAGGAGAGAGCGUCUGCAUGAAGUCGCUUCGCAGCGGUACGCCGAGACCAUCUCGGAUCUGGAGAUCUGGCGAAACGUGGAGCGCAAGCUGGCGUGGUCGACAUGGACCGAUGAGCGUGACCAACUACACUGGGAGGAAUUCGAGCACACGUGGAGCAAGCGCCGAAAACUGGCGAGAGAGAAGAACGAGAUUGAGACGCCCAAGAUCACCAAGCCGGUACCACGGUACGACCGAGCCCCAAGACCGUUCGACUGGUCUGCCGGAGCUGUGCCUUCGAGACUUUCUACUGAGGAUGCUGUGAACGACUUGACAUUGAUGGAUCUGCGCCGUCAACAGCAGCAACAACAGCAACAGCAACAGCAGCAGCAGCAACAGCAACAGCAUCAGCAGCAGCAACAGCAGCAGCACACCUCCCGGCAUGCGUCACCCGCCGUGUAUGGCCAGUUUGCCCAAUCGGCGUACCCAUACCAGCGGCAGCAGCAGCACCCCGCUAACUACCUGCAAGAAGAAGCCAAUGAGGCUGAGAGUCGCCAGCAUCACCAGUUCGCUGGGCCCUCCCGACCUCAAGCUAGGCCACCUCAAGCUGCUCCUCUGCACAAGGCGCCAGAGGCCCACCGCCCUGCAGCUCCAGCCAGUGCUUCGGUCUCGCAGGCAUCGAACCCAAGGAAGGACUUCCGAUCGCCUUUGGCCUCUGAGACCUUCGGUGCUCCCAGGCGAGACGUGCCCAGUGGGCACGCUAACGGCGACCGCAAGGCUGUGAAUGGCCUCCCAGGCCGCGUGCAUCAGCUGGGUGGGUCGUCCGGCCACGCGCCAAACUCGACGGCGGCCGGGCCAUCCUCAGCGCCGGCAGACACGAAAGCUGCAGCACGUCGCCCCGGCCCCGGAAGCCUAGCCACGGCGACGCACGGAGGACAGCCAGGUGCAAGCGCAAACGCAUCAUCACGAUUUGCUGGUCUGGCCGACUACCUCUCAGGUUCUGCGACACCACCUCAGAACACGUUCCAACAUCACCUCCUUGCUCCUGGGUCGUCGGGAUCGUCGUUGUCGGGGGCUAAGGCUGCGCCAGCACCACCGACCAUUUCAUCAGCCAGCACAGCCAGCAAUUCACUGCCGUCCGCCCUUGGCCGGCCACAGUUUAGCCAGCCCGCUCCACAGGCAACCAGUGUCUCUCGCAGUUGA